UGCGGGUUUCUAAGAGUAGAAGUGCACCGCCCGUCUGUGCGGAGGACCGGAGGUUGUUGGAGAGUGCAGGCAGGGAAGGGAGCAACGCAGCAGCAGCAUCAACGAGGUUGUCAGGCGUGGACUUGGAGCAGUGUGAAAGUCAAGCAUGGGUGAUGUUCACGAGGAAGGCGAAGUUCAACUGGUGCCCAAGUUCGAGAGAAAGGGACGGGACAUUUUGCCAGGUGGUUGUGACGAGUGUUUGUGGAUCAAUUUACAUCCUUGUGAGCCAUGGCUCAUUUUCUCACCUCAUUACAAAUCACUUCUUCAAGUGUGGAACUAUGAAGAUGGGAAACAGGUUGCCUCCUGGGUAGUCCCUGAUGUGUACGGUGUUUGUGAAGCUGGAUUCAUCCCGCAAACAGAGUGGAUUGUGGUGAGGCGCGACAAAAUAUAUGAAGUGUAUGAAUGGCAAGGCUCAAACUUACGGCUUCUAACACAACUGCAAACAGAAACUGGUGACAGUUACACAUUGAUAAUGGCUGUCCAUCGGAGCCUCCCUUGCUUUUUGGCAGGUUUCCAGUACAAGGAGUUGUUUCUGUGGCACUGGAGCGGAAAAUGGGAGAAGACAAAGUUUGAAGGUCAUAAUGCAAAUGUAAGUGCAUUGGUGUUUCAUCCGACUGAGGCACAGAUCUUUGCAAGUGCCUCCUUUGAUAACAUCAUCAACAUAUGGGAUUUGGGGAAAAGGUCCAUUAUUAAAACCCUGCGUGAUGAUGGUGAAGGAGGUAUCUGUAGGAUGGGACUCUGCCGUGGAGGGGAGAAAUCACAUCUGAUCACAUCCCACGUGGGGGACCCAAAUGUACGGGUCUGGGACUACAGGCAGGGCACUUGCAUAGCACAAUGGAAGGCACACAACUAUGACUACAAUACCGCGUCCUUCUACCAUCCGCACUUGCCGUAUAUCUUUACUGCAGCAGCCGAUGGAAAGAUUCGAGUUUGGAGUGAGUCAAGCUACCAGCAGGUGUCCUCCUUUUCCUGUGAAUGCGUUGAAUGGGAUAAAUAUGGGAUUCUCAAUAUGAUCCCAAGUGGAAUUUCUAAUAAGCUCAUUCUCACAGGUCAGGGUGAAUUCCGUGUGGUAGAGGUGCAAGUGCGAGAGGAAGACAAGAAAGAGGAAGGGCAAAAGCAAAAGGAGUCGCCUUCAAGUUGUGCGAAAGAUCUCCAAGCUGCUUCUUCAUCAAUUAUGGUUGUUGUUGAUGAGCCAGCAGUGGUAUCAAGAAAGACAAUUGAAGAGCUUGAACAUAAGGUGUCCGUCAACAUCAAGCUGCAGUUUGAGGAGAAAAUUAAGGAAGUGGUAGCAAUGGUUGAGCAGAACUGCAAGAAGGCACUUGAGGGAGUGACGGUUGAGCAUCAGGCGAUAGAGAGAAUCCAAGGGGAGAGAGUGCAACAACUGGAAAAAGAGAUGCAAACAAUUAGAGAGACAUCCGAAAAGUCCAAACUAAGGAUUCAGGAGGUGGAGAGACAAGCGCAGAUUGUCCAACAGCUGGAGAAAGAGGUCCAAAUCAUUACAAGGAGAUUUGAAAACUCCAUAAUUCAGGAGGUGGAGAGAGCACUGGCAGAAGAGAAAAAACAUGCAGAUUUGGCUGAAAGGAUCCGCGAGCUGGAAAACAAAUUAGCGGAAGAGCAUUCUAAGUGAGAGGAUGGAUGUCUAUGCAUUCGGCGAUGAAUCGACAUC